UUCUCAGUUUCAAGUAAUCUUGUUCUUCUCUUCUCUGUAUUUAGUAGCAAUUGGGCAAGCUGCGCAGAAGCCUUGCAUUGAGGCCUUUGGAGCUGACCAGUUUGAUGUGCAAAACCCCGAAGAGCGCAGAUGCAAGAGCUCAUUCUUCAAUUGGUGGUUUUUCGGGGUGUGUUCGGGCACCCUCAUAGCCCUUCUCAUUGUAGUUUAUAUUCAAGAUUACUUGAGUUGGCGCCUCGGAUUCGGAAUCUCUUGCAUUUCCAUGGCGGUCUCUUUAGUCCUUUUCUGCCUCGGAACUUCCACUUACCGGUAUAAAAUCAAAGCAGAGGAGAAAAAGAAUCCAUUUGCAAGGAUUCUUUGUGUUUAUGUUGCAGCACUAAAGAAUUGGCAAGAAACUACUCCGAUAAUAGAAGUUGAAGAGGGAAAUUACGAAAACACAUCCCAAAAAAAUUCUGAUCAAUUCAGAUUUCUUCAUAAAGCCCUGCUUGCAAGAAAAGGCACUGAAGAAUGUGGGACAAUGUGUAAUAUUGAUGACAUUGAAGAAGCUAAGGCAGCACUGAGACUUAUCCCAAUAUGGACUACGUGCUUAGUGUAUGCAAUUGUGAUUGCACAAUGCCCUACCUUCUUCAUCAAGCAGGCAGCCACAAUGGACAGAACUAUCUUUUCUGGAUUCGAAUUCCCGGCAGCGUCUCUUCGAGCCUUCACCAUCGUCACCAUUCUCCUCCUUAUCCCUGUCUACGACCGUGUCUUUGUUCCUAUGGCAAGAGCCUUCACUGGAAAACUUUCCGGCAUCACAAUGCUGCAGAGGAUUGGAACCGGAAUGCUUUUAUCAGCCAUGUCUAUGGUAAUUGCUGCCCUUGUUGAAACAGAAAGGCUUAGAAUUGCAAAAGAGCAUGGAAUAGUGGAUACAAAUGAGACUAUUCCAAUGAGUGUGUGGUGGCUUGUUCCGCAAUAUGUGUUGAUGGGUGCUGCAGGUGUUUUCACCAGAGUUGGACUGCAGGAAUUUUUCUACGAGCAGGUAGGCAAGGACAUGAAGAGUGUGGGUUUGGCGCUGUAUCUAAGUGUGUUGGGGGUGGGGAAUUUUGUGAGUAGCUUUCUUGUUUCCAUAGUUGAGAAAGCAGGUGGGUGGUUGUCUGAUGAUUUGAAUCGGGCACAUCUCAAUUACUUCUAUUGCUUACUUUUUGGGAUUAAUGUUGUGGGACUUCUUGCAUACGUGUAUUUUGCUAAAUCUUACAUACAUAAAAGAAGUGCAAGUUGAAAAUGUAAUUAAUUUGGGAAAGAUGAAAAAUAAUUUGAGAGAAUCAAUAAAAAAAACCACCAUUG